AUUAAUUUCGCACGGACCACAACAUUGACGUGGAAAGAGUCUGUGUACAUAAUGGCUGACGUGAAGGUAGACUUGCCGGCCGCCGAUGCCACUUCGGCCCUACAAAAUACCACCGUCACUUCCCAGCCUAACAACCCGUUGUCGAGGAAGCUGAAUAAAAUUUUAGAGACGCGGCUUGACAAUGACAAGGAGAUGUUGGAGGCUCUCACGGCUCUCUCCGUGUUCUUCACCGAAAACAGCCUGCGCACCCGGAGGAACCUGCGGGGGGACAUCGAGCGACGAAGCCUGGCCAUCAAUGAGGACUUUGCAAGGAUAUUUAAAGAUGUAAAGGAGGAGCUUGAGAAUGUCCAUGAGGACGUUCAGGCCAUGAGUACGUGCUGUGCAGAAAUGACUAUCAGGUUAAAGGCCGCCAAGGAGCAGACUCAGGACUUGAUUGUGAAAACUAACAAGCUUCAAGGAGAAAACCAUCGUCUGGAGGUGAGAGCCCAGGUGGCUCGGGCCUUCCUUGCCAAAUUCCAGCUGUCCAAUGAGGAGAUGAGCACCCUGCGAGGGUCCAGGGAUGCACCCAUCACCGAGGCCUUCUUUAAAGCGCUCAGCCGAGUGAAGCGCAUCCACGAGGAUGUGAAAGUACUCCUGCGAACCAACCAGCAGACUGCAGGGUUGGAGAUCAUGGAGCAGAUGGCCAUCUUGCAGGAGGCGGCGUACGAACAACUCUACCGCUGGGCUCAAAACGAGUGUCGGGCUCUGACCCAGGAGACGUGCGAUAUCAGCCCCGUAUUGACUCAAGCCAUGGAGGCCCUGCAGGACCGCCCUGUCCUUUACAAGUACACCCUGGAUGAGUUCGGGACUGCGCGCAGGAACGCGGUAGUGCGAGGCUUCAUUGACGCCCUGGCGCGCGGCGGGCCAGGCGGAACCCCCCGCCCUAUUGAGAUGCACUCCCACGACCCUUUGAGAUACGUGGGAGACAUGUUGGCCUGGCUGCACCAAGCCACCGCCUCUGAGAAGGAACAUCUGGAAGCUCUGCUCAAACAAGUGGCCCUGCAGGGUGUGGAGGAGAACAUGCAGGAGGUGGUUGGACACAUCACAGAAGGAGUGUGUCGGCCUCUGAAAGUGCGCAUAGAGCAGGUGAUUGUGGCAGAGCCGGGAGCAGUGCUGCUCUACAAGUUGUCCAACCUGCUGAAGUUCUACCAUCACACCAUCAGCUCCAUUGUGGGGACCAGCGUGGGCUCUUUGCUCAUGACCAUGGAGGAGAUGCACAUCCUCAGCAAAAAGAUGUUCUUCAACAGCCUGAGCCUUCAUGCAAGUAGACUCAUGGACAAGGUAGAGCUCCCGCCUCCUGACCUGGGACCCACGUCUUCCCUCACCCUGACGCUGUCCCUCCUCAGGGAGGUUCUGGCCUCUCAUGACUCCUCCGUGGUUCCCGUGGGAGCGCGGCAGGCGGACUUUGCCCAGGUUCUCUCAUGCAUUCUGGACCCCCUCCUGCAGCUGUGCACCGUCUCCGCAAGUAACCUGGGCACGGCCGACAUGGCCACCUACAUGGUCAACUCGCUGUAUGUCAUGAAGACCACGUUGGCUCUCUUUGAGUUCACCGACAAGAGGCUGGAGAUGCUGGAGUUCCAGAUCGAGGCUCACCUUGACACGCUGAUCAACGAGCAGGCGUCCUACGUCCUGACCAGAGCGGGCCUCAGCUACAUCUACAACUGUGUCCAGCAGCACAGCGCUGAACAGGGACCUCUCUGCCUCCUGCCCAGCAUGGAUGUCUCCUCAGUUAAAGCAGCCAUGGUGCAGUUUGACCGUUACCUGUCGUCGGCUGACAGCCUGGUGAUGCCGCAGCUCAACUUCCUGCUCAGCGCCGCCAUCAAGGACCAAAUCUUCUCCCAGGCCACGGAGCUGGUGUGCCGGGCCUACGGGGAGGUCCACUCGGCGCUGAGCAGCCCGGCCAACGCCUACAAGGACCCCGAGCACCUGAUGCCCAGAUCUCCCCAGCAGGUCCGAGCCCUGCUUUCGUGAGAGCGAGGUUAUUUCGGGGCCGUUGUCAUGUGGAAGAACAACACAGACGUGGACUAACUAGGCGGGGUUUCUGUGGGCACGUGAGUCACCCCCGACACAGAGCGGUCUGUCUGAGGAGGCUGGGGAAUAUUGUUAUGGCGGUAAAAACCUCUUCUAUCGCUGACAUGAAACAGAUGUUAGUGCCGAAAUAAAAAAGGGAAUUUUUUUUGGCGGGGUCA